GAAGGCUUAUCUUCAUCUUAACAAGAGGAUACCCAAUGACUUAAAGUUUGAUUUGAAUUGUCUGCUAGUAAGCCAUGGAAAGAUAUGUCACAGAUGUGCCAAUAAAGGAGGUGACCAGCCAACUACAGAUGUGAAUGCAUUAUAAGUACUGGUUAUAUGCACCCAAAACAUCAGUUCACAAAUCAUAUGAGAAAUAGCAGUCUUCCAAGCUCUUAGACAUGGAGAAGGAUCUCAACUCUACUUCUACAGAAGCUAAUCACAGCAAAGAUAAAGGGGAAGAUAAGCGAUUCAGGCUCUUUGGAUUUGAGUUGGAACCAGAUAAGCAAGAUUUUGUAGAUGAAAACCAUGGAAAGACAUGUGAGAGUCAGGAUCGAGAUCGAGGCCGAGAAUCUGGUGAGGAAAGGAAGUUUGGAUGCCAGUUCUGCCUUAAGGAAUUCCCAAACUCACAGGCAUUAGGAGGCCAUCAGAAUGCUCAUAAGAAGGAGAGAAUGAAGAAGAGGCUAGAGUUAGAGGCAAGGAAGGCCAGUAUCAACUGCUACCUUCAGCCCCUUAUUAAGACCCAUGGCUCAGAGUACAACUGUGUUGUACCAUGGUUUUAUGAACCAUCCCGAUCUGAGUCAAAUCUAUUUGAGUCUGAAGAAAACAUCAAAACAGGGAUUUUUACAUCAUCCAAGGCGGCCGCGAGCUCAUCUCAAGCUCAGCAGAGUUCAUGCUUGUUUGGUAUGGUGCAGCCAAAUAACUACAAGGUCAGCUGGCCUGUGAUUAUGAAGCCAAUUUUAGAUACGAGAACCAAUUCUAAGGGAUUGAAUCUUCAACUGGGACUUCCAAAUCCCUCCAGCCCUUCUUAAGUUAGUAGUUUUGUUAUGGUAAAUAAUGGGUGUUAUUUGCCUAGCUCUACUCAGUUCUGUGUACAUAUAAGAUUGUUGAUCUGGAUGUGAUUAUCUAGAUUCCUUGCAAGUGUUUAAGGAUAUUUGUUAAUAGUCGUUGAUUAUUUAAGUAUAUGAUAUUAAGUUCUCAACUAUUUUAUGUUCA